AUGGUGAUCAAUCACCCUCGCGCCGCUUUUACAGGAUUAUUUGCGGUAAGGCAUCGCAACGAUGACCCUAGCAUAUUGAAAACGGGCAUGACAUGUUUCAUUAAGACAGUUAUCAACAAGUUGGUUACACUGGAUCUGAGCGACAUUGGGAUGGAUGAUUCGACGGCACGCGGUUAUUAA